UCAUGCAGGGUCAUCAACAGCCUUAGCGGAGCACUCUGCCGUUGAAUCAAGUUAGUCAAGUAGUUGGCCGAAAGCACUAGAAGGAAGAGGCAUCAUGCUUCGUUUUGGCGCUCGUGGCAGAUUCGUUAUCUGUGACAAUCUCGAGAAAUGCUUGGACGCUUUGGGAGGCGUGCGUGAUACCUGCAGUAUAGUCAAGGCGUCAAGGAUCAGGGAAAAACGCGUUGGUGGUUCAACGUCGCGUUCGAAUUGUUUGAUCGAUUUCUUAGCACCUCGUGCGGCCACCAAGACGAUUCAGAAGGAAAAUUGCCGGCAAUCAUCGACGUCAGCCGUCAACGAAACUCAGAGGACAUGUCUUUACGAUUUUCACGUGGAGAAACAAGGGAAGAUUGUCAAUUUUGCCGGAUGGUUGUUGCCGGUGCAAUAUCGAGAGACAAUCGCUGUGUCACAUCUGCACACGAGAUCGUUGGCAUCGCUCUUCGACGUCAGUCAUAUGUUGCAGACACGCGUCUCCGGUAAGGACGCUGGGGAAUUUUUGGAAUCGCUAACCACGUGCGAUCUGAUAAAUUUAAACAAAGGUGCCGCGACUCUGACGGUCUUUACUAACGAUAAUGGAGGAAUUCUCGACGAUCUCAUCAUCACCAAAGACGACGAAAACAGAUACUUUGUCGUGUCUAACGCGGGCAGACGGGAUGAAGACGUUCAGCUUCUUUUGGAGCGUCAGGAAGACUUUAAAAAGCUUGGCAAAAAUGUGUUUGUUGACUUUCUGAAUCCUCUACAACAUGGUCUAGUAGCUCUUCAAGGUCCAACAGCAGCGAAAGUCCUUCAGUCAUUAGUUAAAAUCGAUCUUUCUAAGCUAAAAUUUAUGAAUAGCGUGAAAACCGAGGUGGCAGACAGCCUUGUGAGAGUUUCGCGAUGUGGAUACACCGGAGAGGACGGUUUUGAGAUCUCGGUGCCUGCGAAAGACGCGGUUAAUCUAGUCGAAAGGAUCCUGGAGAUCCCUGACAUAAAACUGGCCGGUUUAGGAGCCAGAGAUAGUUUGAGAUUGGAGGCUGGACUGUGCCUCUACGGCCAUGACAUUAACGAGGAAACCACACCAGUCGAAGCUGCCCUUACGUGGCUAGUAGCGAAACGGCGAAGGGCCGAGGCCAAUUUCCCAGGUGCACAGAGAAUACUGUCGCAGAUUAAGACCGGUGCCAAGAAGAAACGUGUCGGGCUCUUACUAGGUCAAGGACCACCUGCCAGGGAAGGCGCACCCAUAUUGACGCCGGAAGGCGAGCGAGUGGGCAGCGUCACUUCCGGUGGACCAAGUCCGACCUUGGGCCGGCCGAUCGCCAUGGGAUACAUGCCGCCGGAUUUGGCACAGUUCGGUGGAGGAGUAUUGGUCGAGGUACGAGGAAAGACCUACAAGGCUACCGUGACAAAGAUGCCCUUUGUGAAGGCGAAUUAUUACACCGCGAAGUAACGCAUUGAUCGACGACCAUGACCACGACCACGACCACAUCAAUCAGGAAUGACGACGAACACUAAUCAACUAUAAAUAAAAUCGCGAUACUAAAAACGAUUAACUAGUAAUGACCAGCUGUUUAUACAUUCGCCGAGUGCGUGAACAAUUUGCUAAUAGGUUCUCAUAGAUUAGACAGUUUUUAAAUUGCUAAAAAUGUGUCGCAAAUAUAAAGUGUUUUGAAUUGAUAAGCGAAUCAGGCUAGCGAAUUUGUGUUAUAUUUUAAUCAGUUGAUAUAAUUCUCUAAAUAAAAUUUCCUGUUAACUUUCUAUACAAAAGUAAAAGCAUAACCACUGACAUCAUAAUAUUCUUACGUCAAUGAGCAUAACAACAGACAAACAAAAAUUAGAAGGAAAAUGCUGUCAUAUUUUAUAUAUUCAGAACUUACAAUAUUGAAGAUGGAGUGAAAGAAGAAAAACCUAUCUGAACAAGGCACCUCACUUUACAAUGUAUGCACUCUAGUGCAUUGAGUUCAUUUUUUGUAUAAUAUCAGUAUGUAAAAUAUAACGUGAGAUUAUAAUUUUUAUGAAAA